GAUAUUUUAGUUAGUUUUCAUGCAUUGAAUUCAGUCAGUCUUUCUGGGGAUUUUUGAACGUUGAACGACGAUUUAUUUCUGUUGCGGCAAAAUGAAGGAACUUAUGUUGAUUUUCUUAUUAACAAUCGUGACUUGUAUUAGGGCAGAGGACGAAGACUGGCAACCAAAAACUGUUGCAGACAUCAAAUCUAUACGCAAUGAAUGUUUGAAAGAGCAUCCGCUUUCUAAUGAGCAGAUAACUAAAAUGAAGAAUUUUGAAUUUCCCGAUGAAGAAGAGGUUCGUCAAUAUUUACUUUGUACCGCUUUAAAAAUGGAAGUUUUCUGCGCCCAUCAAGGCUAUCAUCCCAAUCGUAUUGCCAAACAAUUCAAAAUGGAUAUGAAUGAAGAAGAAGUGUUGGAAAUCGCAGAAAAAUGUCACGACUCCAAUCCGGAUAAUAGUUCCGUCGAUGUUUGGGCUUUCCGCGGCCAUAAGUGCAUGAUGUCGAGCGCAAUUGGUGACAAAGUCAAGGCUUACAUUAAGAAGCGUCAAGAAGAGAAUGCAGCGAAAAAUGCUUAAAGAAGCUUUGCUUCAUUCCUGGCACAACAUAACAUGAGCAUAAUGUAAUGAUUUGUGUAAUGCAUAAUGAAUAAAACAUUUUGGACUGAUAGCUAGAGAGGAAAGGAUUCA